AUGGCCCCUGCCAAGAAGGAAAUGAAGCGCAAGGCGCCCGCUGUUAGCGACCCGCCCGCCAAAAAGACCAAGAAGGUCCAGGCCAAACCUGCUGAGACCGAGGAAACCGCUCCCAAGUCCAUCCUGAAGAAGAAGGCCGAUGCCUCGAAGGCUAAGGAGACCAAGGCCGCACCUGUGAAGGCCAAUGGCGCCGCUGUUCGCCAGGCUAAGCCUCGCAAGCGUGCCGCCGAUUUCAUCAGCGACGAGGAGACCGAGGAGCCCGCUGCCCCUGCCUCUGCUGCCCAGAAGAAGGCUAGCAACAAGAAGUCCAAGAAAGAGGAGACCGCCCCUGCACCCGUUGAGAAGAAGGCCAAGGCCACACCGAAAGCCAAGAAGGUAGAGGAGGUCGCAGUGGAGUCCGAGGAGUCCGAGAUCGAGCUUAACUCCGCUGAAUCUGACAGCGAGGAGGAGGAGGAUGAAGUUCUUGACGACCAGACCGCUGCCCUCAUCAAGGGCUUCGAAAGCAGUGACGACGAGGAUGACAACGAGGGCGAAAGCCACAACCCCAAUAAGCCCAUUCCCAAGAUCCCGGAUAUCUCCAAGAACCAGCAGAAGAAGAUCAUGAGGAGCCAGAAGAAGACCGGCACUCCUGAGGAGCCUGGUACCGUCUACGUUGGCCGUAUUCCUCACGGUUUCUAUGAGCACGAAAUGCGCGCCUACUUCUCUCAAUUUGGCGAGAUCACUCGUCUGCGUCUCUCCCGCAACCGUCUCACCGGCCGGUCAAAGCACUACGCCUUUAUUGAAUUCUCUUCCGCCACUGUCGCCAAGAUUGUCGCCGAGACCAUGGACAACUACCUGAUGUACAGCCAUAUCCUUAAGUGCAAGUUUGUUCCUCAGGACCAGCUCCACCCCGAGGUCUGGAAGGGUGCCAACCGUCGCUUCAAGAAGACCCCAUGGAACCGCAUUGAGAAGAAGCGUCUGGAGAAGGGCAAGACCCGUGAGCAGUGGACCAAGCGUAUUGAGCAGGAACAGAAGAGGAGACAGGCCAAGAUUGACCAGCUCAAGGCUUUGGGCUACGAGAUUGACCUUCCCCAGCUCAAGAGCGUGGACGAUGUGCCUAUCCAGGAGGCUCCCAAGGCCAUCGAGGCUACUGAGGCUACUGAGACCACCGAGGCUGUUGAGGCUCCUGCAGAGGAGCCUGUGAAGGUCAUUGAGGCCGCCGUUGUCAAGGAAGAUACCCCCAAGAAGGCUAAGAAGGGCAAGAAGGUCGAGGAGGAUACUCCUAAGCAGAAGGCCACAACAGAGUCCCCUGCAACCAAGAAAAAGGCCAAGAAGACCAAGGCCAAGGCGUAA